AUGUCUUUCAUGAAGAAGCGCAGCGAAACCUGGCCCAAGGAGGACCUGCACCCGUUUCUGUACACUCAUUGUUGGUGGCACCUGGCUCUCUUGUACACAGAAAGUCGCAACUUCGAGCCUGCGCUUGCCAUCUUUGACGAGCGACUCUGGCCGGAAGGCCCAGAAGGUGUGGCCCAAGGCGGCGAUCCUCAGGUGCAGCUGAACGCUCUGAAUUUGCUCUGGCGGCUGGAAACACGGCAGCAGGCCGAGGCAGCUGAGCCACGUUGGCGGCGCGUACUGCAGGGCUGCAAGGGCCUCUCGUUGCCGAAGGACGGGUCCAAGGGUACUCUGCAGCAUUGCGACCUGUUGUUGGACAUUCUUUUGAUCCGUGGGCUCUGUGUCGGUGCCAUGGAGGACGCCAAGCCCCUGGAUGAGCUUCUCACGGCCGUCAACAAGCACUCCGAGGAGAUGGCGGCAGGGCCCGGUGGUGCUGGUGGGCGUGCAGAAGCAUACAGGGACAUUGCGCAGUCCGUAGCAGAUCUUUUCCGCUCCGACCUGGCCUCUGCGGAGACGGCAGAGAAGCGAUCGAAGGCGCGCAACUGCAUCCUGGAGCUGAAGCCUCACUGGGGCUGUCUCGGAGGAAGCGAAGAGCAGCGAGGAAUCCUCCUCGAGGCUGUGAAAGGACCGGUAGUGUGCGGAAACCCGCAGGAAGAGGGCAGCAGCAAUGGCGGCUGUUACCUCCUGUAG